AUGUUGGCCAAUGCAAGUUCACUCUAUCGAUUGGCAGCUGAUCCGAGUUUUGAACGGCGGUUCGCGGCUAACCUUCAACUGCAACAGGAUUUUCGAUGGCGUCCGUGUUUUGCGGUUUUGAAAGCGAAUCUUUUAUUUGUGUUCAAUAAGCAAGAUGAUCCCGAGCCGCCUUUCCUCCUACUGAUAAUUGAAGACUGUUUCAUUGAACUUUGUGACGAAAACAAGCUCGGAAAGGAUUUUACAUUCGAAAUAAAGUACAAAACAACUGGAAGAAGUUUCAUUUUUGCUGCCGAAAAUUUCAAAGCUUUGGAACGUUGGGUGUCAUUGUUGACGAUUACGCCAUUUGAUUAUAUGAUGCUCUCAAAACAAUCGUUUGCUGAACAGAUUGAGCGCAUACAAGCAUCCGAGGAAGUGUCAUCUGGAUCAGGCACUAAAGGCUGA